AUGUCAUACCACACUGGAACUUCUCCUGAACAUCAAAGCUUGAAUGGUACUAUAUCAACCCCGAUAAACGAGAAACCAUCGGGCAUAAGCCGCACUCUACAGAACUUGCUGAUCGCCCCGUCCAUAAGUGGCGCGACAACCUAUUCGCUUAGAGGCGGAACCCGCAGCCCAGUCGAGCCACUCGUAUCCUCGCCUUUGCGCAUCAGUUCCUCAGAUAUGGCAUCCGCUCCAAGCUCGCCGGAGAGGCACACUGCAGAUCUUGAGGCUUCUCGUAGAUCGUCCGACCAGGCUGUUGAUACUGUCCGCUCAACCUCGCGUCGCCUGAGUAUUAAUGGUGGUGCAAAAUCUGAUGUCGCUUCUACUUCUCCGGAGCAAACGCACUCCAAAAAGCGAUUUUUGCAGGCUCGAGAUAGGUCGCAGAGCCGCAAGGGUGUGGCUGCUAUCAUGUCCGGCCGUCUUUUCCCGAGAAGCUUUUCCCGUGGCAGAGACAGAGACUCAUCACGGGGAUCUUCCCAGCGUGGAUCGUCUCUCGAAGCCCAUUCUUCUGCUUCGCCGGAACGGGGUCGCCCUAGUUCGUCCAGCAGUCAUUCUGUUCACGUUGAAAACUCGACGCCCGCCCCUGUUGAUUCUGAAAAGUCGUUGAACAUGCACGGCACAUUCAGCAAGUCAGACGAGACCCUAGCUAAACCUCAUGAAAGCGUGCCUGAUUAUAUCAAACCGACACCGGUGGAGCACGGAGGGGAGCGACUAGCCAAGGAUGUCUUUGAUCGGGACAAGAACAUGAUCGAAAGCAGUGAAGAUGAAGAUACUUCGAGCGACGAAGACAGCACUCUGGACGGCGAACGAGGCCGCAGGAAAAAGAAGCACUCGGAUAUCACAUCUAUAACGCCAAGCGACUUCGAAAAAUCCAACAAUUCGAAGCAAUUCGAAGAACAAAAAACUUCCGAAAAUCCAAGUGCACGACAAGAGAAGAGACCGCGAAAAUCUGCUUUGAAGGCUGUUGUCCAUCCACAGACCAGUUUCGACAUACCCACCCCGCGUGUUCAGUCAGUGGCUGGCACACCUUACGGCUCAGAGGAUGAAGCCGAGAUCGGUGACAUCCAUCGUGCACAGAAGCUUGGUAUUUCCAUGUCAGCUAUUGAUAACGGUGUGCACAACCGAUCCAUCCGUACAAUUGUCCGCGGGAACUUCUCAGGUUCACAAGAUGAUGGAAGCCGCCGUCGUCGCCGGAAAUAUCUUAUCGCAACCGACUUGAGUGAAGAGUCGGUAUAUGCCCUUGAGUGGACUAUUGGAACGGUUCUAAGAGAUGGAGACACGAUAUUCGCCAUCUACGCGAUACAUGAGGACUCCACUACUACGUCAGCGGUGCAGGUCGGUGAAGGUGCCAAAGUAAUGAAGGAUGCAACGGCUGUCAUUGGCACCCAGACGAAAGAAGCAACUCAGAAUCAUGCAUCCCGUACGAUCCUAGGUCGGCUUGGCUCUGGUACUGCUAGCAGGACACAUUCUGCUGAUUCUCGGGCAUCGUCAAUAGCCGAAGCGGAACGGGUGAGAGCAGUCGAGACUGUGUCUCAGACUUGUGUGAACCUGCUACGAAAAACGGUCUUGCAGGUCCGUAUUGCUGUGGAAGUGAUCCACUGCAAGAACCCGAAGUCUAUGAUCACUGAAGCUAUUGAUGAGCUUGAGCCCACACUCGUUAUCGUGGGUGCCAGAGGUCAGAGUGCACUUAAAGGUGUCCUUCUUGGCUCGUUCUCCAACUAUCUUCUAUCUAAUUCCUCUGUACCGGUAAUGGUUGCCCGUCGAAAGCUGAAGAGGCAUACAUGGAAAGAAAAGCUCAAGGGCACUGCGAAUGUGCGCCUAUCCAACAAUCUAAUUACCCCGAAGAGUCUAGCUCAAGCCAAAGUGGACUGA